AUGGGCGCGCCCGACGGAGGCUGGGGAUGGGUCGUCGUGGUGGGCGUCGGCAUCACCUUCGCGGUGACGACGGGGCCAGUGAGUUGCUUCGGCCUCAUCUUCGACAAGUGGCUGCGGGACGUCGGCGCCGAGACCAGCGACUUCACCUUCCUCAGCGGCCUCUACUUCGCGCUGUCCUUCAUGCCCGGCGUGCUGGCGCGCCGGCUGCUGCGCCUGUUCUCGUGCCGCCAAGUGUGCGCGGCGGGCGCCAUCAUGUGCGCCAUCGGCUGCGGCGCCGCCGCCCUCUGCGACUCGGUCGCCUUCCUCGUCGUCGCUUACAGCGUCCUGCAGGAUGAGAAGGAGUUAAUGGGAGUCACGGAGGAGAUGCUUGAACUGUGA